AUGGAAGGCCAGGGGUGUUCGCUUGACGCUUCCAAAUGGGGUAGCCAACUCGCCAGAGCGCAAGGGGACAAGGGCUCGUCUUGGCCGUGGAGUGAGAUGCAGGCUUCUCGCUCAUCGACCUACAUCGUUUCCUCCGAUCGUCAUCCCGCCUGUAUCGGCUGCGCAUCUGAAAGAACAACUCAAUCAGGCCACUCACACGAACAUGAUGGAAGCACAACCAAAGAAUGCCUCGGCAUUGAGGCGGUGUCUCCUCUCUCUGAAGGAAAUAUAUAUUACGUCAUUGUCUCUUCAGCCAAUUCAAUCAUAUUCAUUUGUCGCAAACUCUGCAGGACCAGAUCUUCCUUUGACAUUGUUCUUCAGCAGGAGCUAAUCAAUUGUGUCCAAUUCACCACACCAAGAACCUUCAUCAUGACGACCUACGUGCCCGCUCUCACCUUGCCAGAUGCCGUCUUCCUCAAACCCGCCGUGUCCGUUUUGCUGCCCAUCGGCCUUGGCACAGCUGUCGGACUGAGCGCCACUCAGACCCAGAAGACAUAUCUCUCACUGAAGAAGCCCUCUGUGCAUCCUCCACCAUGGCUUGUCAUGGGUUACGCCGCAUAUCGGGCUGCCAACAUUGGCCUCUCUCCCUUUUCCUCCCCUGAUACCAUCCGUACCGCUCGACAGGCCAUGACUCUCUACAGUGUCCAACUCGGCCUCAACCUCCUUUGGACCCCUCUCUUCUUUGGUCUCCACCGUCCCAUUGAGGCAUCAGUCGACAUAGUCACCCUCGUCGGAGUCAAUGGCUACUUGACAUACCUCUACAGCUCCAUUGACUCAGUUGCCGCUUGGUGCCAGGUCCCAUACCUCGGCUGGCUGAGCUUUGCCACCUACCUCUGCACUAGCAUUGGAUACCUGAACAACUGGGAUCUAUCGGGCAAGGAAGCGCCCAAGAAGGAGUAG